AUGACCGUCCAGGCUGCCCACUUUACCCCCGAGGUGCUCCUCUCGGCCCCGCGGCGGUCCGCUGGCGUCCCCAACUCCACUGGAGAGCUCGCGCUCUACACGGUGUCGUCCUACUCGUUCGAGACGCACUCCAAGUCGUCGUCGAUUCGCGUCCUCAACAUCAAGGACGGCAGCUCCCACCUGGUCUCCGAGGACCCCGGGGCCAGCGAACCCAUCUGGAUUGGCGAGAAGGAGGUCUUGUACCUCAAGCCUGGCGAGAAUGGAUGCACCAUGAUCAUGUCCCAGCAGCUGGGCGACAAGUCCGAGCCACACAUGAUUCACUACCUCGCAGGUAGCAUCUCCAGCCCCAAAGCCAAGCAGCUGUCCUCAGGCAAGGUCGCCAUCUGCUGCGCCGCCUUGACCACGCCCAAGGGCGAAAUGUACUGGCCGCCCGCCGAGGCCAAGUCCCACUCCACGGCCAAGAUCUACACCUCGCUCUUCGUCCGCCAUUGGGAUGCCUGGUCGACGGAGAACCAGAACUCGCUUUGGUACGGCGAGCUUGCCAAGAUUGAUGGCAAAUGGUCCUUGGAGACCCCCGGCUUCACCAACCUGCUCGCAGGCACGGGCCUAAGCUCCCCGGUUCCUCCCUUUGGCGGCACCGGAGACUUUGACAUCGCUACCCACGGCAUCUGCUUUGUCGCCAAAGAUCCUGAGCUGAAUCCGGCGCGGUAUACCAAGACAGACCUGUACUAUGUGCCCAUCAAGUCGUUUGUUGAGAAGCCCUCGCAGCCCCAAAUUGUCCAGACAGGCAAGCUGCGAGGCUACAGCAUCGCACCGACCUUCUCGAGGGAUGGCAAGCAAAUUGCCUUUGCCAGAAUGAAGCACGACCAGUACGAAGCCGAUAAGACGAGGUUGCUGCUGAUCCCAGACGUCACCGACCUGAGCAACGUGCAAGAGUUCUAUGAAACGGCUGAUGGAGAAGGAGGCUGGGACUUGAAGCCAGAUUGGAUUAUCUGGAGCGAUGAUGGGAAGGAGCUGUAUGUCGCGGCAGAGAUGCAUGGCAGAGUCAAGCUGUGGAAGCUACCUUCAUCACCCAAGGAGGCGACCAAGACUCCGGUCGCCAUACACGAAGACGGCUCCGUUGCCGAGGCUAAGCUGCUGGGGAAUGGCCCGUCUUUGCUCAUUUCCACGCGUUCUCGCAUCGAGAGCUCCAGCUACGCCAUCCUGGAUCCCUCGACUAAGAAGACCACCGAGGUAUCGUCGAGUUCGAAGAACGGCAAGUCAUUUGGCCUCCACAAGUCUCAAUGCGACGAGAUCUGGUAUCCGGGCUCGGCUGGAUACGACAACCACGCUCUCAUCACGAAGCCGUCCAACUUUGACCCGUCGAAGAAGUACCCUCUGGCGUUCCUGAUCCAUGGUGGUCCACAGUCCGCUUGGGUCGAUGACUGGAGCACCCGCUGGAACCCGGCCAUCUUCGCUGAACAGGGCUACGUGGCUGUGUCACCUAACCCAACAGGUAGCACCGGCUACGGUCAAAAGCACACUGAUGCUAUUACUCGGAACUGGGGCGGCAACCCAUACGACGACCUUGUCAAGUGCUUCGAGUAUCUGGAGAAGGAGGUGAGCUACAUUGACACUUCACGUGCUGUGGCUCUUGGUGCGUCGUAUGGAGGGUAUAUGAUCAACUGGGUACAAGGCCAUGAUUUGGGGCGGAAGUUCAAGGCCCUUGUGUGCCACGACGGUGUGUUUUCGACACAGAACCAGUGGUCCACCGAGGAGCUCUUCUUCCCAGAGCACGACUUUGGCGGCACCCUUUGGGAGAGCAGAGACAUUUACGCAAAAUGGGAUCCCUCGCUCUACACUCAAAAUUGGGCGACGCCGCAGCUGGUAAUUCACAACGAACUCGACUACCGUCUGCCAGUGUCUGAGGGUCUGGCCAUGUUCAACGUGCUGCAGGCUCGGAACGUUCCCAGCAAGCUGGUCAUGUUCCCCGACGAGAACCAUUGGGUGCUGAGGCCGGAAAACUCGCUGGUAUGGCACCGCGAGGUGAUUGACUGGAUCAACAAGUACAGCGGCGUUAAGGACUAG